GGGGUCCUGGGCUGAGAAAGUGGCCAAACCCUCCCACAGUGGGAUGUUUUCUCUGCUGCACUCUGGGCUGGUUUCUAUUCAAAUGUGGGUCAGGGGUGAGGAAGCCUAACGUCAUAAGCUUGCAACAUGGCGUCCCGAAGGCUGUGAGAUGAGCAAGAGGAUGGUAAAGAACGCUUGAGAACGAUCCUACCGAUGUAAUAAGCUUCAGGUGGUGCUCGUGUAGGAAGAGAGAGAGCGAGAGAGAGAGAGAGAGAGAAGGAAAGAAGGAAGGUGGAAAUGGAACUGCCAAAUCAUGCCAAACAACUGCUGCUGCAACUCAACCAGCAGAGAGCCAAGGGCUUCCUGUGUGAUGUUAUCAUCGUGGUGGAGAAUGCGCUCUUCCGUGCCCACAAGAAUAUCCUGGCGGCAAGCAGCAUCUACUUCAAAUCUUUGGUCCUCCACGAUAACCUCAUUAACCUCGACACAGAGAUGGUUAACCCCUCUGUAUUUAGACAAGUUCUGGACUUCAUCUACACUGGGAAGCUCCUGUCCUCAUCGGAACAGAGCAGUGAGCAGAACUUCAGUGCCCUCUUAACCGCAGCCAGCUACCUCCAGCUCCAUGACCUCGCUGCUCUGUGCAGAAAGAAGCUCAAGCGCAGUGGUGGGAAACCCCUGCCAGGUAAACCCUCCACUCCAGGUCCCCUUAGCCGCUUACGCCUCAACAACCAGCGCCUUUCCUCUUCUACGCCUGCUGGCCCCAACAACCACUAUCCUCCCACCCCUUCCGAAGCCGACCAGCCACAGCCAGAUGAAGGCCUUCGGGACAAGCUCUCAGAUGACGAGAUGUUUGUUGGCAGCUCUGGGAAGAAUGGGAAUGGGGGGAAUGGCAGCAGUAAUGGUAACCUCAGCAGUGGAGGAAGUGCAGGUGAGCCAGAUCUUGGGCUAGACCUGUCCAAGAAGAGCCCUCCCUCUGCAGGCACAGCCACUGAUGCCCUCAGCCCACACAGCAACUCCCAAGAAUCUCCUCAAUCUGCCUCAGUAUCCACAACCAACAGUGCCUCACUGGAUGACUCCUCUACCACCCUACCAGGAGCAGACACCUGUGGCUCAGACCCCAUGGAGCUCAACUCCUCCUCUAAAGUGGAGGAAAACCAUCCUGAUGGACCCCCACCCCAGAAGAAAUCCCGGCAGGGCGCUCGCAAGAAUGAGUGGCCUAAAAGAGAGGCAUCAGGGUUGAAGUCUGAAGACCAUGACAGGCCCCUGGUUAAUGGGGUGAUAGUGGGUCCCAAAGAUGGCCGCUCUUCUGGUGGGGUUGGAGGGGGCAGUGGUAGCAGCUUUGCCUCUGACCAGUCCUUCCAGUGUAAAGAAGAGGAGGAGGGAGGAGAGAAUGGCCAGGACCACAGUGAAGAGAGCGGUCAAAGUGACGGAGAGAGCACAGGAGGCGGAGGAGGAGGAGGAGGAGGAGGAACAGGAGGGGGACACCAAAGCGCCAACUAUGUGUACCGCCAGGAAGGUUUUGAACCAGCAUUUGGAGACAACCUCUAUGUGUGCAUUCCCUGUGGUAAGGGCUUCCCCAGUUCUGAGCAGCUCAAUGCUCACGUGGAGACACACACUGAGGAUGAGCUCUACAUCAAAGAAGAGGGAGGAACCUUUGUGAAAGAGGAAGAUGAGGAGGAGGCAGAGGACCUCUCUGCCCCUGUAGGUCCCUCCAACUUUGGCUCUGAAACGCGUCCGUUCAAGUGUACAGUCUGCAGUAAGAGCUACAAAGACCCGGCAACGCUGAGACAACAUGAAAAGAGCCACUGGCUGACCAGGCCCUUCCCCUGCAACAUCUGUGGCAAAAUGUUCACCCAGAGGGGCACCAUGACACGCCACAUGCGCAGCCACCUUGGCCUCAAGCCCUUUGCAUGUGAGGAGUGUGGCAUGCGUUUCACACGCCAGUACCGUCUGACAGAGCACAUGCGUGUCCACUCUGGGGAGAAGCCGUAUGAAUGCCAACUAUGUGGGGGGAAGUUCACCCAGCAGCGCAACCUCAUCAGUCACCUGAGAAUGCACACCUCACCCUCUUAGAAAUGCAUCAAGCCAAAGAACUCUGGGAAUAAAAAAAAAGAAACAUUUCUCUACCUUUUUCCAUCUCAAAAGCAAAGAAACGCACAUGUACACAUUCACAAGCAGACACACACAGUUCGUUCUACGUAUAAAUUCCAGUUUACGGUGCCCUGGCUAAGUGAAUGAUGUAGCUGUUAGCCACAGUGGGCUCUUGGUGACGGUGGGAUCUUGUUAAUGCAACGAUCGUGUCAUCAAUUAUCAAGUGACGUCUGCUCACCUCUCAGGAGUUCUAGAGGGACAAUUUACUCCUCUGUCUCUCUCCAAAGUGACAAAGCCAGGGUGGAGUGGCAUGACUUCUGGUCUGCGUUGCAAGUCUGUUAAAUGUGAAUGUGGGUACUGAUAUAAUGUCAAGCCCCCUCACCUCAUACCCCUCAACAGCCUUCCUCUCUUCUACCUUUGAGCAUUGAGUCUUUGAGUUUUUCAGAUUGUCCCUCAAACGGAUAACUCAAGAGUCCCCUCUGUACUCCAGUGCUAUUUUGACCAAAAACCCGUGCAAACAAUACUGGCAAUAAUUCAGCAAAAAGAGUAUUUUUACCCUGACAGCUUUAUAUCCUUUGUUAUGUUGGUGAUGGGGAUCUGUAUGUAAGAGGAGGGGUAACUGGGUUUGGGACCAUCCCCAUGCUUUAACUGAAAGUCCUGAAAGAAAGUUCCAGGUGGGAUGACAUUGGAUCAAGUUUUAGUUUUUACGGAUGGCAAAUACUCAAAUUCCUCUCCACAGCUGUUCACAGUAAUAAAGAGAGGAUGUUCAUUGUUUUUGGUUUUGCCUGCUAGUGCUCCCAGGAAGGAAUCCUGGUUGGAAAGAUGAACCCCUUGAGGUACUUGUUUUACUUAAAGAACUUGUAAUGUUUCAGUGAAUGUUUAAACUGGAAGGUC